AUGGCAGGGAAAAUAACCGCACUACCCUUCCUCAUGAAUGAUAAUGAAACCUUGGCCGGGGAAUUUGUUAGGAUACUAAUGGACAACCAUCGGAAAUCCACUCCGACAAGAAAACAAAGUGUUAGGGCACAGCUUAAGGUUGGGUUGAAAGAGAUGGGAGCACUUGUAGAGCUUUCCAAAGGAUAUUUGGAGAAGUUAGGGCUUGAGCUGGUUGGGAUUGGCAAGGAAGGCGUUAUCGAUCCUAUGACAGCUGAGAAAUACUUCAUCAGAAGAAUAAAACCUUCUCCUGCCACGGAAAAAUUCCUGCCAGAGGAGACCCAAAGGCUGAUAUUGGCAUUCACCUUUUUGAUUUUGGAACGAAAAGUAAUUGAGGUACCUAGAUUAUGGUUUUUCAUGCAGAAGACAGGGGUGUUUGAGAGCGAAGACGACUUUGCUGAGUUCUUGAAUCAGACAAAAAGGCAGGGGUAUCUCUUUGUUACCAAGGUCGAGGAAAGCCUCAUCAUUACCCCUGGGUGGAGAUAUCAUUGCGAUUUCCAUAACUUUGAUCCAAAAGGAUACUUUCGAAACAAUGGCCAUUGA